UAUGAGUUGAAGUAACAGACAAGAGACUCAACUUCCUCCAUUGCGGUAGCGUGUCAAGCCUGUGCUGAGACAACGCCGUUGCAAACCAGCGAGCGUUCGUUCGUUCGUUCGCUCGCCUCAACCACGCCAUGAGCCGAGCGUCCAAAACCAAGACGGAGAAUGCGAGGAGCUCCGUGCUCAGCCCCCAAGAGAGUCAGGCCCUGGACAAUCUGCUUGGCAGAAGGUGUGCUUCCAUGGCCACUGCAGUGGCGCAGUUGUUCAUGGCCCUCCCUCACCAGCCGUCCACAUGGAGCCUGCAGCACACUGGAGUUGUCUGCCUCAUUAAGGACAACCCCCAGCACUCGUACUUUAUUCGCAUGUACGAUUUGAAGGCUGGGAGGAAGUUAUGGGAGCAAGAACUCUACAACCAAAUUGUUUACUCUGCUUCUCCACAGUUGUACUUUCACACCUUUGCUGCUGAUGACUGUCAAGUUGGACUGAAUUUUGCCGAGCAGCAAGAAGCAGAAGCCUUCAGGGAAGCUGUAGUGGGAAAGAUCAGCCAAAGAAAUAAUCGGCAAGAAAGAGGUGCCCUUCCUCCUGUCCCACCAGAAAAAUCUUCCGCUAGCCGUGGUUCCUUUCACAAAGCCUCUGUGGACAUCCCGAGCCCUGAUAUCUCCCAACGUUACCACUUGAUGCCCUCGGCUUCUUCAUUGCGCAGUGGCAAUUGGAAUAAGAAGGACAAGAAAAACAAGAAAAAAGGCCUUUCUAAAGCAGACAUCGGUGCACCCAGUGGAUUUAAGCAUGUUAGCCAUGUUGGGUUUGACCCCAAUAAUCUGGACCCCGACCUGUGGAACCUCCUCUCCCAGGCAGGCAUCGGAAAGGACGAUUUGAGAGAUGAGCAGAUGUCCCAGCAGGUCUUCAACGUCAUCGAGCGCUCGGGCGGCAUGGAGGCUGUCAAAAGGGAGGCCAAAAGAGGAGCCGCUGGGCCUCCAGCACCUCCUCCGGGCAGGCUGGGGCCCCUUCCUCCUGUUCCCGUCUCAACCAUUUCAGCCCCGACGCCGCCGCCUCUACGCGGACGUUCCGGCCCCCUGCCUCCCAUCCCGGCGCAGUCUCAGCAAGCGCCGCAGGGAGCGUCCAACCGAGGCUGCCCACCGCCUCUGCCGCCGACGCACGGCCCUCCGCCACCAUCCUCCAAGUCCUCGCACGCAGGCUUCUCUCACAAUGCGCUGCCCCCGGUGCCAACCAUGCAACAUCAGCGCACUGCAGCUUUCACACCUCCAGCCGCCCCAUCUCCGCCUAGCAGGGGAAUUAGCGGACAUCCGGCGCCACCUCCGCCACCUCCGCCUCUCCAGCUUUCCUCGGACACUCACUCGUCUCCCCUUCCUCCUCCUCCCCCGUCUAGCAGCCUGCCUUCACCCGCCGCUUUAUCUGUGGGGAGAGCAGACAGCAGAGGUGCUCUGCUGGAUCAGAUACGACUGGGGAAGAAGCUCAAAAAUGUGAGCGAGUGUCCAGACGUGAGCGCGAGCCUGCCGGCCGAGUCGGGCGAAGGUAUCGUCGGCGCGCUCAAGAUGGUCAUGGAGAAGCGGAGUAAAGUCAUCCACUCAUCAGAUGAAAGUGAAGACGAGGGCGGAGAUGAUGAGGACGACGACGACGAAUGGGAUGACUGAAGCCAAGUCAAGUCCGCUCACGCAUCUGUUGUUUACAGGCAGUUGAGAAUUGCAUACUUCUCAAUUC